AUGUCUGCUGGGGGCGAUAAUUCUCAUGUUAAGGAUUACCGACUCGAUGGUCAUGUUUUAUCGGACUCUUAUAGUAUUCAUGAAUUCAAUCCAGUCGAUGAGAGUAAUGAUCGGUACCAAGGAUUCGAAGAUUCUAAAGAUGGUAUUAAAGAAUUAGCAAGAACUGUUUCUCGCACUAACCAGAUAGGAAUUGCCAAUGCAAGCGAUUCGGAAGAUUUAAUUCGGUAUUUGUCACAUAUGUCUCAGGUGCCAGGUAUUUCCCCAUAUGAAGGUAAUAUUGAUCCUUCGUUAGAUCCAGAAAGUGAUGAGUUCAAUGCUAAGUAUUGGGUCAAGAACUUGAGAAAAUUACACGAUUCUGAUCCCAAUUAUUAUAAACCCUCCUCACUUGGUAUAGCAUAUAAGGAUUUAAGAGCUUACGGUGUCGCUGCUGAUUCCGAUUAUCAGCCUACAGUUUCAAAUGCAAUACUAAAGCUUGUGAUGGAAACAUAUCAUCAUUUUAGAAAGAAGGAUCCAAGUCGUUAUUUUGACAUUUUGAAAUCCAUGGAUGCAAUUAUGAGACCCGGCGAAGUAACAGUAGUUUUGGGAAGGCCUGGCUCUGGAUGCUCUACUUUGUUGAAGACAAUAUCAUCCCAUACCUAUGGCUUCCAAGUAGGCGAGGAGUCUAAAAUUUCUUACGAUGGUAUGACGCCGAAAGAUAUUGAAAGACUUCACAGAGGUGAUGUCGUCUAUUCAGCGGAAACUGAUGUCCACUUUCCUCAAUUGUCCGUUGGUGAUACUUUAGAAUUUGCUGCAAGAUUGAGAACACCUCAAAAUAGAGGUAAUGUUGAUCGGGAAACUUACGCUAAGCAUAUGGCAUCUGUUUACAUGGCCACUUAUGGCUUAUCUCAUACUAGAAAUACGAAGGUAGGUAACGAUUUUGUCAGGGGUGUUUCUGGAGGAGAAAGGAAGAGAGUUUCGAUUGCUGAAGUUUCCUUAUCUGGUGCUAACAUUCAAUGUUGGGAUAAUGCAACUAGAGGCUUAGAUGCAGCUACUGCUUUAGAAUUCAUUAGAGCCUUGAAAACAUCUGCUUCUAUUUUAGAGGCCACACCUUUGAUUGCCAUUUAUCAAUGUUCGCAAGACGCUUACGAUCUCUUUGAUAAUGUGAUUGUUUUAUAUGAGGGCUAUCAAAUUUUCUUUGGUAAUGCUAAGAGAGCCAAAGAUUUUUUUAUAGAUAUGGGCUAUGAAUGUCCUCAAAGACAAACAACUGCGGAUUUCUUAACCUCUUUAACUAACCCGGCCGAACGUGUUGUCAGGCCUGGUCAUGAGAAUAGAGUUCCAAAAAAUGCAAAAGAAUUUGAGAUCUAUUGGAGAAAUUCAUCAGAUUAUCUAUCUUUGGUUGAUGAUAUUAAUAAAUACAUGAAUGUUACCGAUUCCAAGAAUCAAAAAGAAUCUUAUCACGAAUCCCAUGUUGCGAGACAAUCUAAACAUCUCUCUGCUAGAUCACCCUAUACCGUUUCUUUCUGGAUGCAAACAAAAUACAUCAUUGGACGCAAUAUCCUUAGAACCAAAGGUGACCCUUCGAUUUCCAUCUUUAGCGUCUUCGGUCAAUUAGUUAUGGGGUUGAUUUUGUCUUCUGUCUUUUUUAAUUUAAAUCAAACAACUAGCUCAUUCUAUUACAGAGGCGCUGCUAUUUUCUUUUCAGUCUUGUUCAAUGCUUUUGCUUCUUUAUUGGAAAUUAUGGCUUUGUUUGAGGCCAGACCAAUUGUUGAAAAGCACAAGAAAUACGCUUUGUAUCGGCCAUCUGCUGAUGCAUUGGCUAGUAUUAUUACUGAGUUGCCUGUGAAGUUAUUGAUGUCAAUGGUGUUUAAUUUCUCUAUAUAUUUUAUGGUGAACUUAAGACGUAAUCCCGGCCGGUUCUUUUUUUAUUGGCUAAUGUGUUUUCUUUGUACCCUAGUAAUGUCACACUUAUUCAGAAGUUUGGGUGCUGUGUCUACAUCAUUAGCAGGUGCAAUGACUCCAGCAACAGUAUUAUUAUUGGCUAUGGUUAUUUUCACCGGGUUUGUCAUUCCAACUCCAAAAAUGCUUGGUUGGUCACGUUGGAUUAACUACAUCAACCCUGUUGGUUAUGUUUUUGAAUCUUUAAUGGCUAACGAAUUUUCAGGAAGACAGUUCCCCUGUGCUGAGUUUGUUCCCCGAGGCCUGGGAUAUCAAUCAGUUGAAUCUAGUCAACACAUUUGCUUAACUGUCGGUGCUAAAGCUGGCUCUACAUUUGUAAAUGGUUCCGACUAUAUUGCAAUCUCGUAUUCUUACUAUAACUCCCAUAAAUGGAGAAAUUUUGGAAUCGCAGUUGCAUUUGUUAUUUUCUUUUUGGUGGUCUAUAUUUCGUUAACGGAAUUUAACAAGGGUGCUAUGCAAAAAGGCGAAAUUGUCUUGUUUUUAAGAUCUGCUUUAAAGAAACACAGAAAGGAAUCCGGAAAUCUCAGAACAAUUAACGAUGUUGAAAGUAAAACUUUGAAUGAAAAGGUUAGUCGUAUGGAUGAAAUUGAUGCUCUUUAUGCGGAUAAGCCCAAAAAGGCUUUGGAAACAGAUAAAGUACCUUCUUCUGAGGAUGUUUUUCUUUGGAAAGAUUUAACUUAUCAAGUCAAGAUUAAGUCAGAGGAUCGGACCAUUUUAGACCAUGUAGACGGUUGGGUUAAACCCGGUCAAUUGACUGCUUUGAUGGGAUCGUCUGGAGCUGGAAAAACUACAUUGUUGAAUUGCUUGUCUGAACGUGUUACCACUGGUAUUAUAUCUGAUGGUGUCAGAAUGGUAAAUGGACAUUCCUUAGAUGGCUCUUUCCAGAGAUCUAUUGGUUAUGCUCAACAACAGGAUUUACACUUAUCGACUUCUACUGUUCGUGAAGCCUUUAAAUUUUCAGCUUACUUGAGGCAACCCAACUCUAUUUCAAAGAAAGAGAAGGAUCGAUAUGUUGAAUAUAUAAUUGAUCUAUUAGAAAUGAAUAAUUAUGCAGAUGCUUUGGUCGGUGUUGCAGGCGAAGGUCUAAACGUUGAGCAAAGGAAAAGGUUGACUAUAGGUGUUGAGUUGGUAGCCAAACCUAAAUUGUUAUUAUUCUUGGAUGAACCUACUUCAGGUUUAGACUCUCAAACUGCAUGGUCUGUUUGUAGGCUUAUGAGGAAAUUGGCUGAUAAUGGGCAAGCCAUUUUAUGCACUAUUCAUCAACCUUCUGCUAUUUUAUUGAAAGAGUUUGACCGUUUGUUGUUUUUGCAGAAAGGUGGUCAAACAGUCUACUUCGGGGAUCUAGGUGAAGAGUGUUCUACUUUAAUUAGUUAUUUCGAAAACCACGGCUCUCAUACAUGUCCCAAAGAGGCUAACCCGGCUGAAUGGAUGUUAGAAGUUGUCGGUGCUGCUCCUGGUUCUCAUGCUAAUCAAAACUACUACGAUGUUUGGAAAAAUUCACACGAGUAUGAAACUGUUAGAAAUGAAAUAGAGUUCAUGGCAAGGGAAUUAACUAUCAAACCAAGAGACGAGUCGCUGGAGGCUCAUAAAAAAUAUGCUGCUCCAAUUUGGAAGCAGUAUCUAAUUGUAACUCGUAGGGUUUUCCAGCAAAACUGGAGAUCACCUACUUAUAUUUACUCUAAACUUUUCUUGGUUGUUUCUUCUUCUUUAUUCAAUGGAUUUUCCUUCUUCAAAGCUGAUCAAUCAAUGCAAGGAUUACAAAAUCAAAUGUUUUCUAUUUUUAUGUUCAUGAUUCCAUUCAAUACCUUGGUUCAGCAAAUGUUACCGUAUUUUAUUCGACAAAGAGAUUUAUAUGAGGUGCGAGAAGCACCAUCUAAAACAUAUUCCUGGUUCGCAUUCAUUGCCGCCCAAAUCACAUCUGAAAUUCCUAUUCAAAUAGUUGUUGGUACUUUAGCAUUCUUCAGUUGGUAUUAUCCAGUAGGGUUGUAUGAGAAUGCAGUAUCUACAGAUUCUGUGGACUCUCGCGGUGUUUUAAUGUGGAUGCUUCUUACAAGUUUCUUCGUUUACACCUCUACUAUGGGUCAAUUAUGUGUUUCGUUUUCUGAAUUAGCUGACAAUGCAGCUAAUUUGGCUACUAUGCUUUUUACAUUGUGCUUGCUUUUCUGUGGCGUUCUUGCUACCUCUGAUGCUAUGCCUGGUUUUUGGAUUUUUAUGUAUCGAAUUUCCCCGUUUACAUAUUUAGUUCAAGGCACUCUAGGUACAGGUUUGGCUAACAAUAAAGUAACUUGUUCGCAGAGCGAACUAUUGACUUUUAAUACGCCAGAAGGACAAACAUGUGGAGAGUAUACGAAAAAUUUUAUGAAUCAUUUUGGUGGCUACUUGACGGAUCAAUCUUCUACGAACAUAUGUGAAUAUUGUCAAAUGGCAUCUACUAAUGAUUUUUUGAGGUCCAUCAAUGUUUAUUUUGAUGAACGAUGGAGAGAUUUGGGUAUUUUCAUUGCAUUUAUUGCUAUCAACAUAAUAGGAACUAUUUUUUUCUAUUGGCUUGCUAGAGUUCCAAAGGGUAAUAGAGAGAAAAGGAGGAAAGAUUAA